UUGCAUCUGUUCGCGUGGCCACAAGCGCAGAGACAGCCGGUCCGGUCGCCAUGUGGACCCUCGUCCUUCUAGCCGUGACCUUCACACUUGCCGUUGCGUUCUAUAUCAAGACACACGGAAAGCCUAGGAACUUCCCACCAGGGCCAGUAUGGUUGCCCAUCGUGGGGAGCGCUCCUUACCUUAAACGGCUGUGUCGUAAGAAGGGGUACAUGCACCUAGCCGUGGCCCACAUGGCGGAACAGUACAAUUCUCCCGUCGUAGGCUUGAAGCUGGGAAACGAACGGACCAUCGUGGUGUUAACACAUGAAGUGGUACAUCAGGUUCACACUCAAGAGGAGUACGAAGGCCGACCCUACAACUUCUUCAUCAAGCUCCGCUGCAUGGGAGCUCGCAAAGGAAUAACUUUCACGGAAGGAGAGAUAUGGCACGAACAGCGUAGUUUCGUGGUGCGGCAUCUCAAACAGGUGGGUUACGGCAAGCAGGUAAUGGAGGACAUGAUAACGAAGGAGGUGUUAGAUCUGCUGGAGACGCUGGGUAAGGAAGGGGAUGGAGGUACACGCGAGAUCAGCGUGGGACGCUACGUAACGCCCUGCGUGCUCAACGUUCUAUGGGUGAUGGUGAGCGGUACACGCUUCUCUUCAUGGGACGACCCUCGCCUGCAGCAGCUUAUGCAACUUAUGAGUCAACGGGCCAAGGCCUUUGACAUGUCUGGCGGCACUCUCAAUCAGUUCCCAUGGCUACGAUUCUUCGCGCCAGAUUGGAGUGGCUACAAUAUCAUCACGCGCAUCAACACCGGGCUCAAGGAGAUGAUUGUGGGAACUAUCAAUGAACAUUACAAGCGGUAUGACCCAAAUGUAACCAAUGACCUCAUCGAUGCAUACCUCCAUGAAAUGGAAGCAAGAAAGCACCUCGAAACUUCUAACUUCACUUGUGAUCAGCUGAUUCAAAUCUGCAUGGACUUAUUCAUUGCUGGUGCCAUUCCAAUUGGCAACACUCUUGAUUUUCUGGUACUCAUGAUGCUUCUUCACCCUGAUGUACAGAAGAACGUUCAGGAAGAGAUUGACGCUGUUGUGGGGAGGAACAGGUUGCCCCAGCUGAGUGACAAACCACACCUGCCAUACCUAGAAGCAGUACUAAUGGAGGUUCACCGGAUGUACAUUAUCACACCAGUUACUGGACCCCGACGUGUUACGAAGGACACAAUACUGUAUGGAUAUGAUAUCCCCAAGGACACGACGGUACUUAUCAAUCUAUGGUCUGUGCACAGAGACCAGAAACACUGGGGAGAUCCUGAUGUGUUCCGACCUGAGAGAUUCAUCAACGAGCAUGGAGAACUCAUUAAGGAUGACUGGUUACUAAACUUCGGUGUUGGUAAAAGACGCUGCCUUGGAGAGGUACUGGCUAGAAAUUGUGUAUUUCUAUUUUCUGCUGGAAUCCUUCAACACUAUGAACUAGUGUCUGUUCCUGGUAAAACAUUGCCCUCCUCCACACCGAUACCGGGCAUC